UUUAUUUACAGAUCUGAUUUGUCAUUUUAAUAUAUAGUGGUGAUUAAAACAACAAUCCACACAAUUACUUCUGUUUGAAUAGACCACUAAGGUAAUAAAGAAGACAAAAACAACAACAGCAACAAUUUCCCCACAUUCCAUUAUCGCAAUAUUGGAUUAGGAAUUAAUUGGGGGAUUUUAAAUUUAAACCGAAAAACGUCGGACAAUUGUUUAAACUGUUUUACGUGGAAGGGAAUGGUAUAUUUUUUGGGGGACUGGGGCAUGGGAGAUUCUGACUGUGCGUCAUAUCAUCAACAUGUUCCAAAUACAAUACAACAGCAGUUUCAUCAUCAGCAACAGCAUCAUCAUCACCACCACCAACAUCAACAUGAGCAACAGCUUCAACAACAACACCACCACCACAAUCACCAACAACAACAACAGCAUGUUGGACAAAUUGCUCCUAAUUUAAAUCAAUUGUCUCCCAUACAAUUUGGCAGCACAACUGGUUCAGCAGCGACUUAUCUAAGUCAUUCGGUUGAUACACAACACCCAACAACAACAACUUCAGUAUCAUCGACACCAUUAACAACAACACCAACACCACAAAAUGUUGCCACUAGCUCUUUGGUCACUGCCAAUUUGCAACAGUUGUCUGUAAGCAGCAAUAACCUAAGCCACUGUGUUGUUGAUACACCCCUUAAAGGUUUGGCCAAGGUCACUAACGAUCUAAAUAAUCAACAAUCACAACAGCAACAACAACAAACACAUCCCUUGGCUAGUGCCGCUGCUGCUCUACAUCAGUAUUUGGGUCAUCAACGUCAACGUUCGGAAUCGUGUGCUAAUUUUACAACUACAUCGACAACAGUUUCGGGUAAAACUAAUAAUGCUGAUGCCACUGCUGCUGCUGCAAUUACCAAUAAUAUUAGCUCUACCAUUACGGGUAAGAAUAAUUGUAACCUCAAUAUUAAGAACCAUUUGGGCGCUAUAACAUCAUCGCACCAGCAAUUACAAUCGCAAUUGAGUAAGGAUCAUUUGGAGAGUGAAGAUGAAGUUGCUCUACAGCCCUUAUCUAAUCAGGUUGGAGGCCAUACCCGCCUAUUGUUGCUUAAUCAAUCGACUGUUAUAAAACCGCUUAAUUUGCGUGAAUUGGAUUUUUAUCAAAACAUUCCGCAGGAUAUACAGAAGUUUGUUCCCAAAUAUAAAGGUGUUAUGCAAGCAACAACAAUGGGUGGCUGUAAAUUGGAGAAACGUUAUUCGCCCAGUUUUCGUGAGGAACCCCAACGUAAGAUGAGUGCCUCAAAACGUAAAAGAGAUGAUAUUUUAAGAAUGAAAGUUCAUAAAAAUGGCAACGCGGCGGAUGUUAUAAAAAGCAUAGCACAAUUGGAUAAUUCCAAUAAACAAUAUUUUCUUAUGCUGGAGAAUAUAACCUCACAAUUUCGUAAUCCCUGUAUAUUGGAUUUGAAAAUGGGCACACGCCAGCAUGGUGACGAUGCAUCCGCUGAGAAACGUACUAAGCAAAUGGCUAAAUGUGCUGCCAGCACUUCGGCCUCUUUGGGAGUACGUUUGUGUGGCAUGCAAACGUAUCAGGCACAUUUGGAUCAGUAUGCCAAGCGUGACAAAUACUGGGGGCGUGAACUAAAUGAAAUGGGUUUUAAGCAGGCUUUACAUGAUUUCUUUUACAAUGGUUAUCGUUUACGAACACGUGUUAUCAAGAAAAUAGUUCAGCGUCUAUUGCAAUUGCGUCGUGUUAUUGAAAAGCAAUCCAGUUAUAGAUUUUAUUCCUGCUCCCUGCUUAUAGUGUAUGAAGGUUUUGAAGAUAAUCCCAUGGAACAUCCUAUGGACUUUGAUGAAUGGGCGACACCAGCCACACCCACUAAGAAUACCAAAAAAUCUGCCACAUUUGAUUAUCAUCCAGAUAAUAGCAUCGAUGACGACGAAGAUGAGGAUGAUGAUAUUGUCGAUGAGGAUGAUCGCGAACAUGACGAGGAUGGUCACGAUGGUGGCGAUGAAUUGGAACCUCAUGACACCGAUGAUGAUUUACAUUUGCAGGCCGCUGAUAGUGGCAAUGCUUCGGCUACUAAUAGCAGCACCGGCGGUGAUCAAUGUUGUUAUGAUGCUGAUGCCUCAAAUGAUUCAAAUACAGCCGAUAUGAAUCUCAGAACCCGCAUUAGACACUUGCAUAAUGCAACAGCAAGAUCAGAGUCUCAGUCUGUCGAUGCCACUACACCAACAGCCACUGUUUCACCGGAAAAGUUUAGACAACAAACACAACGUGGUGGUUUUAGCGAACACAUAGAAAGAGCUGCUAAACACCAGGCAUCUUCAUCCUCCGAAGCCGAGGAAGAGCAACCGAAUGCUUUGUUAAUGGAUAAUGAUAGUAGAUCCAUGCCACCACCACCCCCAUUAGCCGGUUCUAAUGUAAUGGGUCUUAAAUCUAUGGAUUUAACAAGACCCACAGCUUCCUCUACUCCCACCACACCCGCACCUUUCAUUCCCAUAUCCGAAGAGACAGUAUUCCUCGAUCCCGAACCACCAAUGCCCAGUAUAGCCACCUCAUCGCCGCAUUCCGGUGACUCAUGGAUGAACUACAGCAGCAAUAGUAGUGAUGACUUUUCGGGUCUAUCGGAACAAAUCAAAGCGGUUACCAGUGGUCGCCAAACGGGCAACAACAGCUCGGACGAAGCUUCCUCAGACUAUGAUAGCAGCAUUAUAAGUCAAACGGAAGUGAUGUUGAAACGUUACAAAUCACAACAAGAUGCAUUUGAAACAGCAGUCGCUGCGGCAGCUGUAGCCAAAAUAGCCACACCGCCACUAACGCCCAAAACGUUGGUACACAAUAAACUAAACACCUCUACGGUCACAACAACAGCAUCACCCACUUCAUCGACUGCAUCGUCAUUGAAAUCGGUCAAAGGUGCUGUUAAGCGUUUGCGUUGCAAAGACGAUGAUGAUGAGGAUGACGACGAUGAAGAUCACAAUCAUCAUCAUCUGUUGCAUCAUCAUCACCAUCACCACCAGCAUCAUUCACAUUCACAGAGUAAUGAUAAAUUGGUGGAUGUACGUGAAACAAAAGACUUUGGCAAAAAAUUAACAUCAGCAGCUAAAAAGUCCAACACCAAUGCCCCCACAGCAUUGUCAUCAUCAACUCCCGUCUCAAUAAUGAGUUCACCUGCUAAAACACCAACAAUACCUGCCACUACAGCUGUAAAUAUGUCAACACAACAGCAGCAGCCACAACCAACAACAGCACAAGCACAAAUCAAACAAAAUAUAGAAAAUUCGGGUAUACUCAUGGAUACAUCCUCAACUAAACUAACAGCAGCUGCAACAAGAACUACAACCACAACUACAACGACAUCUGCCAAGGCAACAGCAACACCUGUAAAUAGAGCCACCACUGAAUUGCAACAGCAACACCAGCAGCAACAGGAAAUCAAGGAAAUUUCCAAAUCUAAGAAAUUCCUACAACAUGCCUCCAAAUCCUUGGACAUUGACACCAAAAUACAGUUGUGCGAUGACAUGCACUGUUUGGUGGAUGUAAGACUCAUAGAUUUUGCCCAUACAGCCUUUGUGCCACGCAAUGGUUCCGGUUUAUUUCCCUCGCCACCAACCACCAUACAUCAUGGACCCGAUAAUGGCUUCCUCACCGGUCUCGACAGUCUAAAUCGUUUGCUAAAUGAAAUCUUAAGCGAGGAAAUCAUGUGUUGAAUGUGUGUGUAGAUAAAAGUUAAACAAAAAACAAAACUCUUGGACAAUUUUUUUCAAAAAAAGCUGAUGAAGCGCCUUCUAAAGGCCUACACAGUAGAAGAGUAGAAGAUUAAAAAACUUUGCAAACUUUGCACGAAAGUUUUCCUUGAAAGGUUUUCUCGUUAAAAAAAAAUUUAAAUUUAGCAAUGAACUAAUAAUGUUUCAUUGUUAUAAUUUAUUUAAAUAACAACAAAACACAACAACCCUCUACCCUGCCAGAACCCUUAAAAUCAAAUUUAAAAGGUUAUAGUUAUGCGUUUUGUAGAACCCAUGGUUAAACAAUAAUUUAAAGAGUUUUAUAAGCAAAAGUGUAACCUGUAGUUUGUUUUAAAACUCUUUGUAACCCAAAAACAAAAAAAAAAAAAGAGUGAUGAAUUUCAUGCCAAUGUGAUACUAAGCAAAAA